UGUUUAAAUUCGUAAUAAAAUACUAACAAAAUGUCGAGAUCACUCUGAUUUCGGUGACGGUAAUUAGCAACACUCUCCGAGUUCUCGAUCCAAAUUGAGAUCCCGGAGACUCAUCUCAUCUCUGAAUCACACAGAGAAGGCCAUGGCGGGGUUACUAGCAUGGGCAGCGGACGUGGUGGGCGGCGGAGGAGGAUCAGGAGGAGAGGAGGAGUCGAUCCCUUUGGUGCUGUCGGAACAGCAGAGCAAGUACGUUCAGGAGCUCGACCACAAAGCAACCUCCCUACGCCGUUCGAUUCAAGAUCUCCGGCAAAGACUGCCGCCUCAGGACAUAUCUCAGAGCCUCCCUCACCUCCACGCUCACUCCCUCGCCUCCAACGCCGCCCUUGCCCUCCAGUUGAACUCCCACUCUGCCACCCGCCAACAGGCCCAACUUAGAGAGGUGACACUAAAGGAAGAAAAUGCUGCUUACGAGAAGGCUAUAUUAAAUUGCGAAAAUAAAAUAAAGGAGAAAAUUCAAGAGGCAGAUUCAUUACGUAUGAAAUUAGAGGAGAUGGAUGAAAUAGAGAAGACACUGAAAGCUGAACUGGAACAUAUGCAAGUGCAGGCUUCAGUUGAUGCCAACAAAUCAUGGAGAUCUGAUGGAUUGAAGGAAGAGAUGAAUCCUAAAGCAGACGAUGCAGAUGCAUCAAAAUCAGCUAUACAAGAAAAAUUGGAAAACAAGAAGAAAGAACUGAGUUCAAUGGAGGUUACUGUACAAGAGUUGGAGAACAAAUGGGCUGAAAUGCAGGAAUAUGCACUUAAGCAACCUUCCCCAGCUCAAAGAGAGAAGGCUUUGGAUAAGCAGCUUCAUGGUCUAAUAGAGCAACUUGCUGUUAAACAGGCACAAGCUGAGGGCCUGCUUGGUGAAAUUCAUCUGAAAGAGAUGGAGCUGGAAAGAUUAAAUGGACUAUGGCGACAAACUGAGAGCAGCAAUUCAGAGGCUAAUGCUGCCCGGAAUCGUUUUAGUAAAAGCUACUCCGAGAAGGGACAUAGUUUGUCGGAUUACGAUGGUAGCCAGAGGCUUCCUUACCAUUCUGCUGGCAGAACUGAAAGCCUGCAAAGGCUUAUGCUACUCAGCACGAUUGAACCCUUCUUUGUACUCAUCAAAUAUGUUGUCUAUAAAAAAGAAAUGUUGUGCAGAAUUUAACUUAUAUUCAUUCUUUGAAGUUUUGAUCAGAUUAUGUUAUGGUUGUAACUGAAAGAUGAGACAUGAGAGUAUAGGAAAAUAGAGCUCAUUACAAGGAUACUCACUUUCUAGGAUUCAAAUUCUGCAAUAUGAUAUGGUAUAGCUGUGGUAAUUGAGUUAGUUUGGUUUCACUGUUUCAAAAACGUGGCAUCUGAAAAAGAAACACCAAGUGAUUGUCAUUUUUAUUGAAAUGGCUAAUGUAAUCAGGAUUUCAUAAUAUUCAGAGAU